UGUGACGUUUUCCUUUUCUCUCUCGUGCAGGAUGGAGCUCUCCGCUUUACUUCAUGACCUUCAUCUCUCCUCCUCCUCAGAGGAGCAGUCCCCUUCCUCUCCUCCUCCAAUCACAGAGCUCCUUUCUCAGCUGAGGGAGAAGCUGAUUGGUUCCCGUCCCAAAUCCCACUAUCUGAUUGCUCAAAUAAAGCAGCUUUUCCAGUACGCUGGAUCUGACUGGCUGUUCUCUCCAGCCAGCCAGGACAGUAGGUGGGCGGAGCUUGAAGCAGCAUACGUCUCUCUGAUCAGUGCUCUGAUUGGCUGUGCCGCUCUGCCGCUCUGUGAGGAUGACUGCAGCCCUCUGAGCGCUGCGGCCUAUCAGAGCAUCCCCACACAGGCAGCGGCGGUGUGUGCCGCUCUCACGGCUCUGCUAACAACUCUGGGUGACAGGCGGAAAGGGGGCGAGGCCAGAGAACGGACAAGCAGUCUGUUACUUGCUGUUGCUCCACCCACCUGCGUGUUUGCCGUCACACAUUUCCAGGAUCAGGUGUGGACUAGCUCCGCCUCCAGAGCAGCAGCACGGGGCCUGCUGGAGACGCUGCUGAGUGCAGGAGGGUGGAGAGACUCCGCCCACCUGCUGACUGGGGACACGGAGGGGAGCAGAGGGAUUCUGGGAGGAGUCCUGGACAUCCUGCAGCCACAGCUCACCAAGUGAGUGUGUGUG